GACACCCCUUAGUAGACAGCCAAGCUCACAAGCAGAGCAAGCCACCAACAGGCACCGAACCCCCCCCCCCUCCUCAAAGAGAAAGAAAGUGAGAGAGACACCCCAGGGGGGACAGGCAGUGAAAGACCUAGACAUUGUCUGUAGACGUUGAACCAGACCGCAGUACAGAUCGCCAGGAUGCAGGGCCGUACCAUGCUGGUGAAGCAGGGGGGAAACGUGGCGGGGGCCAGGCUGGCCUGCAGCGUGCGGGACGGAAACCCGACACGGAAGGAGAGCCACAGCGCCGACUGGAACAGCGUGGAGCUGAAGACGCAGCCAGAAGAUGGGCAAACCGUGCACGAGGUGGACAAGGAUCGGCACGAAUCCUUCUCCCGCCAGUGGGAGGCGCGGCGGUUGGUGCAGGCAUGCCCCUCGGGGGUGAUUCGCCUGGGCACCCUGGAGCAGGGGGUGAGAGAGUACCAACAGCUACCCUACAGGAACGUCCUGCCCCUGCCCAUCUUCACCCCCACUGAGCUGGGCGUCCGGCUGGGCCGCGGCGCCCCCCACACCCUGGAGGACCUGCGCACCUUCCCCGUCCCCGACGGCUCCUGCCCCACCAAGAGGGAGGUAUGCGACAUCACCAAGGACCUGCCGCCGGUGCAGCCAAUGCGCAUGGACUUUGCCAAGGCGCCCAGAUCUCUGGGCCGCUCCAUGUCACAGGAAGCCCAGAGGGGGUGAAGAAGGGAAGAGAGGAAGAGGGCAAAAGGAAGGUGGAAUGUAUUGCCUGAAAAUGGAAGUAGUUUAUAUAGGAAUUCCAUUCGAAAUAGAAUUAUGUCACAAUUACAAUUAUAUUUAUAUAUUCCGUGGGUAUUUUUUUUGCAUCUUAAACAUCCCAAACUGUUUCCUGCAUGGUUUGGGUAACUGAACUUCAGUACUCAAUAUUGUGUCCCCAGGUCACCCCCUUAAAUUUGAGUGGCAACUCAAUGGUAGAUGACUCAAGGAAUCAGUCAGAGAUCUGUUUGCACAUCUGAGGAAUAUCGGAUAGGAUAGGAAGCCGGCCAUUAUCGGCAAGAGUGACAGUGAGGUUUGUCGACCCACCUUUACUGCAGAUUGCAGAUUCGCAGGAUUAGUGUAGCACGGCUGCUAGCUGAAUGUCUCAGUUCGGCGGUAUUUCCGCAGAGAGGCGAUCGGUGGGCUCUAGAAUGUGGCUACAGGAAGUAGGAAAUUUCUGUGUGAAGGGCCUUCAAGAUGAGGAGGCUGAGAUGAUAGAAUCCAAGUGUGUAAUGGCCCGUGAAAACAGAUGGAGGUGACGGACUUACGAGUGUAACUGUAGGGGGCUUGCAGAAAGGUAGCUACUGCCAUACCUUGGCUUUCGGACCUCGGCUUUACAGCGCAGCCUGGUCUGUGUCCAGCCUUUUUUGCUUUUCUCACCUCUGAGCCCAGCGCUACUAUAUGGUGUUUCCAGGGAAAAUGUAGUGUGCAAGUUUGUAAUGAAGACGAGGGCCCUUAGCCAAGGACGGCUAAACGGUCCACUGUGGAAGAUGGUCUCCGUGGCUACAAUUUCAUCUCUGCUUCCGAUUUUUGGAGAGGCUUUCGAUUUGGACCUUUGUAGACGCGCUAGCGAAAUGCUAAUGAGCUUUGCCCUCCUGUCGGCAUGUUUACAUAGCUUGUGUUCAUAUUGUUAUUUUUUACAAUAAAGUUACAGAAAUACACACA